AUGCGUUUCCUGAUCGAUCAAAAACUUCUGACGUCUCAUCCGGACACGAUGCUUGGUCGAAUGUUUGCAAUGCGUGAUGCCAGAGGCGCUGGGGCCGAAUUGGUCACUCCCAACGAAAGGGACGAAUUUGUUGUCGCUGACGGCACAACUGCAGCAUGUUUCCGAGUCGCUUUGGAGUACUAUACCCAUGGUCAGAUGCGCUGCCCACCGAACAUCUCAGUGGCAGAACUGCGCGACGCAUGCGACUACCUCCUCAUACCGUUCAAUGCGAACACUGUGAAGUGCCAGAACUUGCAUGCACUUCUGCAUGAGUUAUCGAACGAAGGAGCCAGAGAACAGUUCUCGAAUUUCCUGGAGGAGAUUAUACUUCCUCAAUUAGUUGCGAGUACUGAACAUGGUGAACGAGAAUGUCACAUAGUUGUAUUACUCGAUGAAGAUGUGGUCGAUUGGGAUGACGAGUACCCGCCACAAAUGGGCGAAGAAACCACCCAUGUUGUGUACAGUUCGCAUUUAUACAAGUUCUUCAAGUAUGCCGAAAAUCGAGACUGUGCGAAACAG